GAGGCGCCCGCUCUCCCACUCUGCCCAGCCUGUCAGGGUGGAAGUGAGGGACAGCCAGGUUUUCUCCAUGGGAGAUGGCGGUGGGCACACGCCAUCUGUCCUCCACACUCAGAUUCAGGGAAGGGACAACCCGUGGCCAGAGUGCCCUCCAGGCGAUGCCUGCAAGGCGGAGGUCCUGCACAGCUAGAUGGGCAUCAGAGUUUCCAGCUGGGAGCUGGGAGGGGUCCUGUUCUGCCUGGAAAUGCUGGAAGGAGUGGUGGCAGGGAGUGGGUAGGAAGUGGGGUGGGGUGCACUGGAUGCCCUUAGUCGGCCGGGCACAGGGCAAAGCUGUAGGCAGCAAGGAAGCUGGUCCUAUGGCUGCUGGAGCCAUGAGCACGGAGGGCCCCAGUCCCCUCACAACUGGCACCCCGGGGAGCCCUGUGGAGGCAGCGGCCCCCCUGCCCGUGCUCAUUGCCUUGGCCUGCAUCUUCCUCCUGCUGGCCUCCUGUCUGCUGUUCAUGACCCUCUGCAAGCCGGCUGCACUGGACCCCAGCCGCCAGGCUCGAGAGCGCAUGCCCCACCACCCCGGGAGCCCCAGCGAGCCCCAGCUCCGGCUCUGGACGCGCCUGGGCUCCCUGCGCCGCUCCCUGCACAGCUUCCGGCGUGGCCGGCCCGCACCGCCACGCUCCCUGCCGGACCACGAUAACAGCCAUGGCUGGGACUGCACGGAAUCUACCAAGAUAUGACAGGCUGCCCGCCGCCACCCAGGAUCUAGCCUCGGACCCUCCUCCCUCGGACACAGCCUGGCACCACAGGCUGCAGGAAGACAGCGGCCCCGACACCCUGUGUGCCUAGGCCCAAGGCCUUUCCCAGGAAGCCCUGGGAGAACACCUUCCUCUCUGCAGACCCUCCAGCCGCUGCCUGCUGAGACUGCUGGCUGGUGUGGGAAGCGGCAGCCUGAACCUUGGGCUGAGGCUUUGGAGACAACAACUGGACCCCAGGGUUCCUCUCUGGCAACCAUGCACCAAGCGCCUCCAGGGAGCAGGGCCUGAUUCCCAGCAGAAGGCAUGCCCUCCCUCCACUGCCAAAUCCAGCUCAGAUUUCAGUGCAGAUUGCCGAAUGGCUAACGGUUCCCUCCAGCCAAGUCUAAACUGUUGACAAGGUCCUGUUCUGCCCUGGGGCCCACUCAGGGCCCAAGGCAGAGGGGAACCCAGAGACUCCUCUCGCCUUUCCUGGGCCCUGUCAGCAUUGCCCAGCAAUCCCUAGCAAUCCCUGGGAGCAGCUGCACCCUGUGGUAGACCAGAUGCCUGGGUGCCUGCUGGAAGGGUAGGGGGAGGGGCAAGUGAGGCUCCCAAUACUGACCAGCCAAUUGCUACCCUGGCUACUCCCCUUCAAUGCACCCAUGUAGUGGGAUGGACCAGGAAGGGGCCGAGAAUGGGUUAACCCAGCGGUUCUCAACCUGUGGGUUGCAACCCCUUUGGCGGUCGAACGACCCUUUCACAGGGGUCGCCUAAGACCAUCCUGCAUACCAGAUAUUUACAUUAUGAUUCAUAACAGUAGCAACAUUGCAGUUAUGAAGUAGCAAUGAAAAUAAUUUUAGGGUUGGUUCACAACAUCAGGAACUGUAUUUAAAGGGCCAGAAGGUUGAGAACCACUGGGUUAACCCUUCCUGCAGAAGCCAGGCCAGUGCUGUGUCAGAGUGGCAGGAGGCACUGCCAGCCACUGAAGGUGAUGCCACCUGGGCUCUGUGGACACAGCAUAGUGGCUCCAUGCCUCACCCAGGGAAGGCGGCGGGAGGGUCCAGACUUCUCCAGGACAGCUAUGGGACUUACAGCCUGGACCACACCGGGGUUCUAUCUUUUGGGUGAUUGCUUCAUUGACUGGCUACCUGUCUAAGCAAUCCCACGGAGGGCGGCUUCUCAGAAUCCCUAACUCUCCCUUCUCCUUCCAAAGCCAGGGCUCUGUGCUGUGGUUGGCUCCCACACUUGGAGAACGGGAAGAGGGGGAUCUGAGGGGCCGGCCAGGGUCAUCUCAUGCUUGGCCAUGGGGCUGCCCCCCUCCACCCUGCUGUGACCCACAAUGCAGCUGGCCAGGUCUUCUCAACGAGUGAGCUCUGGUCCCACUCCUCCCAGCUCCCAAACCAUCGCUGCUCCCUAGUGCUGGCUGCACAAAGCCACACGCCUCCGCCUGGGAGCUCACAGAGGGCGAGACUGCGCCCAGCCCCUCACUGGGCUCCACCCACUGGGGCACGGAAGAGUGAGGCUGGUUACUGAGUGAAGGGAGGCCCCAUCUGGGUACAUCCACCUGCCCCAAAGCCUAAGGAGUCCUGUCUUCCCUCAGACACCCCAGGGAGCUACUCUCUCUGCAAGCAGGCCCCGUGGAGAGGCCCAUGCCCCUUCCUCCAGGUCGGGAUGACAUCUAGUCCUGCUUGGAUGGGAACUUCCGGGAGAAGCCGGCGCCCCGAGGAAGGGGGAGAACUGGGCUGCCCCACAUGCCUAGCAGGUCUCGGACUGGUCCGCUGAGUGUUGUGUAAUAGAAACCAAUCCUUUGGGUUUAGAAAGUGGGGCAGGCCCCCUCCCAACAGGCUGUAACUCCCUCCCCCUCCAUCUCCCGGGCCUCCCUGAGACAUCCCAGGACGAAUUCCUCCUACAGUCAGUCCCCCAUGCCACCCCCUGGUCAGAACUCCUGCUUGGCACUAGGAGUUCUCUUCCUGGAGACCCGGGGUGGGGGGUGAGGCUGCCCUGAGGCCUGAGGGAGAAGGAAAGGCCUGGCCAUACCCCAGGGUAGGAGGUUUUUGGCUAGGAGGGGCUCUCCAAGCCCCCAGGAGCAGAUCCAGAGGGAGAGAACCCCCCUCCUCCUCCGGGAACCAGCCAGGCCCUUGUAAAUCCCCGUGGUUUUCUGGGCUCUUGGUGCCUCUGGGCGUCAGCACCGUGCUCCCAGUGCUUUCCUGCCUCCUCCUAGUCCCGAGGCAGGGUGUUGGGCGCACUCCCAGCCUCCCAAGCCCAGAGCCUGCCGCAGCGGACAGGCCCAGUUUUGCUGUGUUUGGCUCAGCCCCCAAGCUGGAAACGCUUGCAGCGGAUGAAGAGGGUAAUUCAUUCCCGGCCUCCCCCCCCCACCCCCCCGCCCGCCCCCCUGCCCAGCGCAGAGGCCUCUGGGUGCUGGGAGGGCCCGGGCCCCACUUCCAGGCCCUCCUCUCCCUCUGCGUCUGCCCCCUUUCUUCUUGUGCCUGGUUGCUUCCCAGGAGAGGAGCUUCGGCCAAGGGCCCAUGAAAGCCACUCUGUUCUGGGCAGUGCUGGGCCCUGGCUCCCUCCUCAACUCCUUUCUGGGAAAAUGCGACAAGGCCAUCUCCUCUCUGCUCUGAAAGGCCCACCUGGGUGGGGUGGGACAAGGCGAGGGCUGUGGGGAGGAGGGAGAAGAGGGGGCCAACGCCUCUUUUCUGUGUUUUGGGGCGGAGCCAGGGCCCUGUCCCUAAUUACAUAGUAACCUGGGGUCCUACUCUGUCCCAGGGAGGAGGGGGCCUGGGUCCCCCUUCCCCACGGCACUGGCUACUCCCGGGCAGCAGCUGGGCCCGCUCCUGUUUCCAUCCCACCCCUCCAGGAUGCCACUGAGCACGUGCACUCAGACCCGAGUGCAGCCCUGACUGCCCCCAGCCCACCAGCCACCACCUACCUGCACG